UUCCCUGGCCUUCCACGUAUCCCACCCCAAUUGUCCACAUCUCUUAUCUUCUUUGGCUGCCCCAAAAGUCCUCUCCUUAUCUCAUCUUCUUGGCUGCACCAGACAGAAAGUCCAGCCCUCUUUCUCUACUCCUUUUUCUUUGUUUUUGAUUUCUUCUCUCUUUGCUCUUACACGGCAGCCUCCCUCUCUCACCAAAACAAAAUAUCCCUCUCUAAAGAAGAAAUUAAAGGGUUAGCACUAAAAUUUCAGCUUCAAAGGUUGGGUGUUACCAAUUUCCCACUCCUUCGACUGUAGGCUCUCAGUUCCUCUGCUUUCAGUUAGCAGGUUUUAUUUUGGAGUAAAGGAAGCCUUUGUCGAGUUUGGAAGGAGCUGGUUUUAGUUUUAUAUGUAUAGAUCCUAAAUUAGCAAUUUGAUGUUUAGACUUGUAGUAUGGUGUAUUUUAGGAUAUAAUGAAAGUGUGUACCUUAAAGUAUUAAGAGAUGUCUUAUGUGAAAAUUUAGAAUUUGAAUAAUCAGUGGAUUGUGUUAUCCUUUGAGGUACAAUGUAGAUGCUCUGAAUAUCAAGUGGAAAGUUAUAUCAUUUAAGUAAAGAAACAAGAACGAAAAGAAAGAGGAAAGCUUUUGUAAAAGUUUUGGAAAAAGUUAAGUUGGUUUUUAUUAAUAUCAGGUUUAAGCUUGAUAUUAGUAUGCCGGUCAUGGUCACAAAUCCAAGUAUCGAGUUUGGGGCGUGACAUAUUCCUCCAUGGCCUUCUUAGUUUCUCCCUUACUAUCUUAGCACCUCCAACCCUUCUCUAAAUAUGGGUAGAUUUGCUUACCUAGUAGACUCCACGGAGAAUACAGAGAAUUUUAAAGUUCAGUAUAGGAUUCUGCCAGAAGUAUCAAUUAGGUAUUGUGAGGAAGGGGAAUGGCACCAAAAAAGGCAAGAAAGAGAAGUGGUAAUCCCGAUGAUUGCCUUUAUAGAGGAAGGGAUGAGAAUCCUUAUGGGCACCGUCACUAGGGAUUACCUUAGGGCUCACAGAUUAGCUUCUACCCAAUGUGCCCCAAACAUGUUUAGAAUUUUAGGUAGCGUCGAUACCCUUAACCAAAAAAAUGGGCUUAGGUCUUACCCAUCAUGACGUCAAUUGGAUUUACAACCUCCACCACCUAAAGGGGCAGGGGUAUUACCUAAAAUCUAGGCACCCCGAGAUUAGGCUCAUCCAAUGCCUCCUUGAUUCCAACAAAGGCCUGAAAAAGGACUUCUUGAUUGUUUCAAGGGAGUGGCAUGAUGGCCUCCCUUACCCGACGAAAGAGGGGACACCAAGUGGGGCUUUAGGUCUAGCAUUCGAGCCUAGACAAGAUACUGAAGGCCGAGGUGUUCGUCCAUAGUGACGGUCAGCUAAGAGCAGCACACCUGAUCCACAACUACACCCCCCAUCUCUAAAAGCUUCCAGGCGUCAAAGUGCGUUAUAAAAGCCAAGGACCCACGCUUGCACCAAAUAAGCGUUGCCGUUUCGAGUUUUCUCAUCACCUAGUGCUAUCCCAGAAGGUAUACCUCUAGCAACUCCUCUAGCAACUCUGCCACUCCAGCAUACAAGCAAAAAGGCCACUCCUUCCCAUCCUAUCAUCAAAGAGGAGGAAGAAGAAAAAGAAGAAGAGAUAGUAGACGUCUCAAACUCAGAAGACAUCUAUGAUGUUUUUAACCAACCUUUGUCACCAGAGAUCUCAACUGGUGACCUCGGCCUGCCUCUUCCAACCUAAUCCAAUCACCAUCAAGAAGUUACUUCCGUACCAGACAAUAUAGGGAUACAAUGCAAGCCGAGGUCCACUCUUUAAGAACUACUAGAGUCCCAACCAGGGGGAAAUGCACCUGGGAAGGCAACCCAGACUAGGCUUCCUACCCCUUCACCCACCCAGCCCCUCCAAUCUGAUCCCACCGACCUCAAAAGGAAGAGGGAAUAGAAGGUAAGGAGGUCGUGGAAGAAGGAAAAACCCACCCCUCCCAAGAGGCUGAGCUCCAAAGAAGGGCUAAACAAGUUAAGGUAAGGCAAAUGGGGGCUGACAAUAGGAGUGAUUCCCAAGUCGGACCUUCGUCUUGGACCCCCACUCCAAUGCUAGAUGGAGCCCUUCUGCCCACCAAUGCCUCCAUUAGGGACUUCCAAUAAGGGAAGGCCAGCUACGUGGCCGAUACAGUGGAGCAGGCACUGCUACUUCCUAAAGACAUGGUCGAUCUAAGGUCCCUGAGGAGGCACGAGGUCUUCCUUAGUCUGAAAAAGGACCUCGCGAUGAUGAAAGAAGAAGAAGGAAGGCACAAUGCGGCCAUGAAGGCCUUUAAUGUGGCCGAGAAAAGAACAAAUGAGCUAAAGAAUAAAUUGACCAAGGUAGAAAGGGACAAAAAGAGUGUUGAAGCUGCCUUGGACAGCGUUGAGAGGCAGGCUGAAGGUCAACGAGUGCUGCUUCGUCAGGCUGAGGACCAACUAGCCGCCUACAAAGGACAAAUUAUCACCCUAAAGAAGAAAUUAGAAGAGGCCAAGAAGGCAAGAGCCCAAGCCGAGCAAGACGGCUAUGAUGUAGGGGUGGCAGAGACCGAGAAGGCCCUCAGGGUCAGAGCUGAGGUUUUGGGGGUAUGUAGAAACUACUGCCUCCAGAAGUGGAAUGAGGCCUUUAACCAGGCUGGGGUUGAGGCCUCUUCUGUACUUAGGAGAGCAGAGAGUGUUUACUACCCUCCUGCUAUCCGUGCAUCAAGCUCAACCAGUUCCAAGGUUGUGUUGACACCCUGUUUUGCAACCCGUAUUUAACCUCACAUGAAGGGUAAAAGGGUAAUUUCACAUUGGAAAUAUGUAUCUUGAUUCUGGUUAUUAGAUCUUUAAUCUCAUUUCACCAAAAUGAUCUUGAUGUUGUA